AAAUUGUCAACAAUGAUAAAGAUAACGUACGAAAAGCAUUAGAAUUAUUUGAAAAUUGGCAGACUCAGAAUUUACAGCAAGAUCUUCAGCACAUCAAAGUACAAAAUGAAAUAAAAACUUUACAGAUUGAAUCUGAAGACAUAAGCAAGGAGUUGAACAUGCACGCUAAUACAAUUGGAAGCAAAAGAUAUGAAUUCAUUUUAGGAAGUCAUAAAUGUAGCUCUGAAAAUUACAAAGGGAGAUAUAAAGAGGAGGAAGAAGAGAGUUAUGAUUUCGAGAAACAGGAUGGCUAUGAGGAUACUUACAUAGAUAUUUCUGAAACUACAGGGGCUCAACUAAUGGAUGCAUUGAGAACAGAAUAUCAAGAGAUGUUCGAGAAUAUGAAUGAAGAACUGAAAUGGAGGCUUAAAUCAAGACGAUGUGUAGAGGAUGUCAUUUAUGAGUUCGAAAAUUACUUAUCGCACUCAUUUAUCAUCGAUUUGGAAGACUGCCAAAUUAUGGGACUCUUCACAGAUGAAGAAAGAGAAGAGAUUAAAUCUAAAAACAUCAAAUACGAUCUAGAACUCAAUGAAGAUUGGUAG